CUGGCUUGCGAUACAUGGAGUGGUGACGUCACUUUCUCGCGAGAUGAGACGGGAUGAGAGCUGUCAGGCAGGAGCUGAGGGCUUGGGCAAAGUGCGGGCUGUGGGGAGAAGUUCGGGGCUGUUGGGCGGUAUGACAAUAAGGAGAUGCUGGAAGCUGCUGAAUGGAGUGGCUGUGUUGUGACCACCGCCCAGGCAUCACAAGGCAGCAUACACAAGAGACAUGAGAGAGGCUUCAGGAAUAAGGAGCAUUAUAUUGUUGAGAAGAGAAACCCAUCUCUGUACAACAAAGCACCUCAAACAGAAUGUGACGGCCAGUGGAGCUGCAGUGGGGUUAUCCUAGACAGAAGCUUAGCCCUAGUACUUUGUCAUGGAGCCAUUUUUUUCCCAUUCCUUAAAAACAACGAAAAUGCAUUUUCUAAAAACAACCUUCUUGCUGAGGACUUUGAGUCAGAUCUUAUAAUACAGGUGGAAUGCCCUUCCCUCCAUGGAACCAGUUCUGAUUCUAAAAUCAAGCUGGACGCUGAGGGCCUGCAGCAGAGACCAGGGCUUGGGCUGAUUCCCCUCUCAGAUGAGGCAGGGCUGCCUACCCACCAGCUUCUCUAUCAGGCUCAGCUGCUCAUGCUCGUUCCCUGUCCAGAAUUUCAGAUGGCAUUUUCUAGAUUGUUCAGUAAAGCAGAAGGCUGGGAGUUUUCCAGCGAAGAGGAGAAACACGAGUACGGUGAACUGCAGAAAGAUCUAUCUUAUCUGCACUGGUUUGCUCUUUUAAAGCUACGAAGUCCACUAUCUGAUAGACACAAGAAAAUCACCUUUGUACCAUCCUCUAUGCUAGAAAAAGGUUGCACAGUAAUUGCUUGUGGAUCCCCAUUCGGUUCAUUCUAUCCAGAUAUUUUUUUGAAUUCCAUUAGCAAAGGUAUUAUCAGCAACACGGCAGGAGAUAGAAAUGUUGUACUUUUGACUGAUGCCCGUUGUUUACCAGGUUCAGAAGGUGGUGGGAUAUUUGCAGCAGAAAGAGACCGCUUAUGUUUGGUUGGGAUAAUUGUGGUCCCACUUUGUUGGAAGGCUAACGAAUGGGUAGGACUGACAGUGGCCUGUUCCAUCAGCCACAUCCUGGAGAAUAUUAUUAAAUCGUUAUCCCUGACCAAGGCACUGGAGGAAAACAACAUUAUAGCAACCAAAGUGGAAGGCUUUUGUUCGUCUGAUCUUAAGAGAGUCCAUAAGUUAACAAAAAAACAAAUUGCUUCUGUUGUUCUAGUAGAUUCAGGGCAAGUCUGGGGAUCUGGUGUUUUGGUGAACCCAAAGGUAGUUUUGACUUGUCGACAUGUGGUAAGAAAUGCCUCCAGGGUAACUGUGAAAAUCAGACAUCCUACCUCUGAAAUGUUCCAGGUACUCAGUGGGCAAGUAGUGUUUUCCACAAAGGAAUCCUCUCCUUAUGAUGUGGCAGUGGUGGAACUGAAAGACUCGAUUCCUGGGAUUCCUGAGCCAGUUUUGGCAUCAGAGUAUUGCACAGGGAUGGAUGUGCUCAUCUGGGGAUAUGGGGCCUUUGGUGAGAGCUGUGGUCCAUCUGCAACCUCUGGAGUUCUGUCGUCUGUAAUUUCCAUAGGGGAUGUUCCUGUCAUGCUACAAACAAGUUGUGCUGUUCAUGGCGGUUCUAGUGGAGGCCCCGUGUUUUCUUCUCAUACUGGAGAGCUACUUGGUAUUGUGGCGAGUAACACAAGGGAUAAUACUACUGGGGCCACAUAUCCUCAUCUUAACUUCAGCAUUCCAGUUAUUAUUCUCGAAGAAGCACUACAGAGAUACAAACUGUGUGGAGAUUUACGCAGCUUUCAAGAGCUUAAUAAUGUCAGCCAUGCAGUCAGAAAUGUGUGGCGUCUUCAGAGAAUCCCAGAAAAAGUUUUGCAAAGCAAGCUUUGACCCAUUCAGAAUUGUGCUGGGCCCUGGGGUUUCUUAAACCAAUCGCUCGCAUCUUCAAUGAGUGUCUAACCUCACCUCUUUAUAUAUAAAUUGGCUAAAUGUAAUUUAUGUCAUUAAUUUUUGCUUCAACCCCCUGGUACUUGCUCAUCUAUAGUGCCUUCUCUUAUGUAAAAUAUAUUUUAAGAAUAAUAAACAAGUGAAUUGCGGUUUCACUAUGAUAA